AUGGCUGGGCCCUUCGCCGUGCGAGUCCUGGAGUGGGCGGGCGGCGUGGCGGGCGCCUACCUGUCGCGGUGCCCCGCCUGCCCCGCGGUGCCCGACUGCCACUGCGCGGCGUGCCCGGCUUGCCCGGCACUGGCUUCGUGCUCGUGCCCGCCGUGCCCGGCGUGCCCGGGCUGCCCGGGCGGGACCGCCGCGCCGGCAGCGCCGGCCUGGCCCCCGCCGGAGAGCCAGAGCUGCCCCGCGCCGACGGAGGUCGAGCGCGGCGGCGCCCCGGCCUGGGGCGGGCUGGGGCCAGGGUGGUGGCUGGUGUUCGGCGUGCUGCUGGGGUGCCUCCUCGGCGUGCUCGGCCAGGCGGUGGUGCGCGGGGGGCUGAGCUGCGCCAGGCGGCUGACGAAGGGCGAGGAUGGCAGCGGCGGCGCCGAGGGCGAGGGACACUUGUGGCACCAGAGGCUGAUCCUGGGGCUCGUGGGGUUGUCGGAUUCUAGCUACGUCAUCCUGACCCCGGACGGCGACGUCUACGCGGAGGACUACGGGGACGACAGCGUGGAUGUGGCCGCCGUCCGCUUCUCGGGGGCGUGGGCCGCGGUGCCUGCUGGGGUGCCUCCUGAGCGGGUGUACCGCUUCAGGCAGCAGCCGACAGCUCAGGAGCGGGCGCGGGCGCUGGCUGACGCCCAGGCCGAGGCCCAGGCCGAGUGCCAGCGGAUCGCCGCCGCUCGGGGCGAUCCGGGGCUGCUGGCGAACCUCGUCUUCCUGCGGCCGCUGCCGGUGCCGGGCGGGGCUGCGGCUGCGCCGCGGGCUCCUCGCAUCGGGCCUCUGCAGGGGGCUGCGCCAGGCGCUGCCGCGGGGGCUCCUGUCGCCGAGUGGCGUGCGGCGAUGGCGGCCGGGCCCUUCCGGUACGGCGACGUCGUGACUGACCACGCGCGGAGCGGGCUGGCCGUCGGCAAGCGUGACAUCCACAUACUCCCGGAUGGCGUCGGGAUCUUCGUCGAGCACGUGGACCCGGCCGACGAGGCCGAGUUCUUCGAUCGGGCGGUCGCGACGGAUGCGCGGAUCACACCGAUCCGGCGCAACCGCCAGGACAGGCGGGAGCGGACCUGGGCGGAGAUGACGGCCGUGCUGAAGCAGGAGAGCUUCGGGGCCGACUGGCAGCUGCCGGGGCCGCGCUCCAGCUUGUGGUGCAUAGAGUUCAUCAACCAGGAGGGGAGUGGGCUGCUGGGCCACCACGAACGUUUCAAGACGGCCUGCCGUCUCGACUGGAACUCGUGGGGGGUCUUCGAGCACUUCAACAUAUGCCAGGCCCUGACCCAGGGGCUGCUGGUGGACCAGCUGGACGGGAGCAACCUGAUCAUGGUCGAGUACCAGUUCCGGCGGCUCCAGACGAUAGAGUUCGGCCACUCGGAGCGGGCGAGGGAGGCGGAGUCGAAGAGCUACCAGGGGAAGAUGUCGUUGGAGGAGCAGCACGCGUUCGCGGGGACCACGAGGGCGUCGGCGACGCUCAUGAUCUGCCCGGAGCUGCUGGACUACGUCCGCACCGAGGUGGAGCGGGAGGCGAAGCUGGCCAAGAACCUGAGAGUUGCACGAGAAGAGCGGGAGGGGCGGGGCCGCCCCCCGCUGGUGGCCGCAGUUUUGACGCGGGUGACGACCGACAUGUUCCUCGCGAUCUUUUUCCUCUGCCACGUCGGCCAGUCGGCGCUUUCUCCGGAGAGGCAGGUGCUGUUAGCCGGUCGGUGCGGCAGCGGGUUGGCGCGCGUGCUGCUGUGGAGCUGGACUGUGACCGAGCGGUGCGCAGCCUCAACGGGAUGUUCUCGCAUGCGCCUCAGCCGGCUCUUGGCCAGGGCCAUCGACUUCGUCGAGGAGUCGGCGCGGGCUCUUCGGAAGCUUCGCGUGGCGAGCUGGUACGACGUGGACUCUGCCAAGCUCGGAUCCUACCGCCCCGACGCGAUCUCACUGCCCUCUGGCACGGUUCGGCCGAGUCCGCUGGAGACUCUGUGGGGGAGCGGCGGGAGUGACACCGUGAAGGAUUUUAUAUCACAGAAUUUGCUGUGCUCCGAGAGGGCGAAGCAGCGACUGCAGGGCGUGGGGCUGGAGCGGGCGUACUCUGACCCAGCCUUGCGGCGUCGGGGUGCUUAUGAGGAAUUCAUUCGUAUGUUGCAGGAGCGUGGCCUCGUCGACUUCGCCGAGUCUGGCAUCGAGUCCGUCGAGGCCUUCUUCGUGGAGAAGAAGGACCAGAGGCUGCGCAUGGUGAUAGACUGCCGGAGGGCCAACGCUUGGUUCGCCGAGCCGGCCGGGGUGAGCCUGUGCACGGGCGAUGCCCAUUCGAGGUUGGAGCUCGGCCUCAACGACGAGCUCUACAUCCAGGGUGCCGACCUCAGCGACGCGUUCUACCACAUGGGCUUGCCUGAGGAGCUGAGGGGGUACUUCUCCUUCCGGCCCGUGCGCGCCUCGGCGGUGGGCCUCAAGCUCCUCGGCGGGAAGCCACUCGGCCGGGGCGCUCUUGUCACGCCGCGGCUGGCCGUGCUGCCGAUGGGGUGGAGCUGGUGGGUGGCGGCGCUCGUGCGGCGCGUGUCUGACGCGCUGCGUGCCCGCGGGCUCGUGGUGAAGGCCGAGGACCAUGCUGGUGAGCUGCCUGGUGAGUCGGAGGCGCUGGGGUGGUGCAUUGACCGAGGACGGUGCAUCGUGCGGCCCACGCGGGCCCGGCUGUGGCGUGCGCGCCUGGCCGUUCGCGGUGUCCUCGGCCGUGGCCGUCUUCGGGGACGCGACCUCGAGAAGCUCCUCGGGCAUCUGGUAUUUAUAUCUCUCAUCAAGCGCGAGGGCAUGUCCUUGUUCUGGAGCUGCUACGCCUUUGUCCGCAAGUGCUACGACAAGGAGACCGGACUGUGGCCGGCGGUGCGGCGUGAGCUGGAGUACUGGGACGGCAUCGCACCCCUCUUGUG